AAAAAAAAAGGAAAAGAUGGGAGUGACCCCAAAUAUCGCUCCUUCGAUGUUAUCUGCUGAUUUCGCUAAUUUGUCGUCGGAGGCUCACCGCAUUCUCAAUUCCGGCGCCGAUUGGCUCCACAUGGAUGUCAUGGAUGGGUAAGGUGUCUUUGCUUUUGCUUAUGCUGCUAUCUUUCUCUUGAAUCCUGAGGCACUUUGUCCCCAAUUUAACCAUUGGUGCUCCAGUCAUUGAAAGUUUGAGAAAGCAUACAACGGCAUAUCUGGACUGUCACAUGAUGGUUACAAAUCCUCUAGAUUAUGUUGAACCUUUGGGGAAAGCCGGUGCUUCUGGUUUUACAUUUCAUGUCGAGACAUCUAAAGAUAACUGGCAAGAACUUAUUCAAAUGAUAAAGUCACACGGCAUGAGACCUGGUGUAGCAUUGAAUCCAGGGACACCCAUUGGCGAGGUUUAUCCUCUGGUUGAGGCUGAAAAACCAGUGGAAAUGGUUCUUGUGAUGACUGUAGAGCCUGGAUUUGGUGGACAAAAAUUUAUGCCGGAGAUGAUGGAUAAGGUACGCAUACUGAGAAAGAGGUAUCCAUUGCUUGACAUAGAGGUUGAUGGUGGUUUAGGACCUUCAAACAUAGACAUGGCGGCAUCCGCAGGUGCAAACUGCAUUGUUGCAGGAAGUUCAGUUUUUGGAGCCUCUGAGCCAGCUGAAGUAAUAUCCUUGCUAAGGAGUUCUGUUCAGAAAGCCUAGCAAAAAUGUUGACUUUUGGUCAAAGUGUGGACUUUAACAACUUCACAUAGACCUAUCUUCAAUCUGCAUAAUGAGCUCCCUUUUUAAUCAAGCGAAUAAAAAUAUCAAGUGAUUUAAUAAUGUUAAUGUAUGUAUGUAGUGUGUCCUUCAUAAAUUGUGAAAAUAUAUAGUAUAUAGCACAUGCUAGCUACCGUCACCUAAUUCAUUUGUUGGGGGAUAUUUCUAGCAAUUUGAAAUUGUUUGUAACACCCGCAUAUUCUUUUGUAAUUAGUUUUCUUAGGUGAAGUUGGUAGUGAUUAAAGAAAAUAAAUAUCCUUGAUUAAGUUGUAACAAUGUA